AUGCAAACAUUAGACCAGCAGGAGCGCCGGUUUCAUUUGGAGGACAAAGAACGGAUCAAGGCCGCCGAUUCCAAGUUAGACGCCAACGCGUGGUUAGAGCACGUCGGAUGGGCCACCCAUUUGCAGGGGUUCGAUCCAGAAGCCAUGCAGCGGUUGGUCGACCCAGUGGGCGAGCAGGAGCAUGAGUUGCAGUUGAUCCAUGACAGCUUGGUGCGAGUGAUGGACCGAGCACGCACCAUAGCCACGCCCACCCACGUUGGAAGCCAUGCAUUGUUCGAGGUACAGCGAAAAGAGGUGGACAAGAAGCCACGGCGACCGUUCGACAACCGGGUCGAGGACGAUACGUGGACGCGUUACACGGCCGUGUGGACCAAGUUGGUGUGUUACAUAUACCGUGCCGAGAAAAUGCCAGAUGCAGAUAGGCCCAAGUUUCGGUUAUCCAAGCGGCAAGGCGAUUUCAUGGAUGAUUUGGCGGAUUUAGUCGAGGCGCACGUUAACGAUCCGGAGGCACAGCCAUUGGACGAGGACCGAGUGGACGGGUUGACAUUGCAGGUCGUCAUAGCGUUGUUGGACCACCGUUUGACCGCGGGGGAGUACCGCAGCGCCAUCAUCAGCGGUUUAGCCGUGAUGGGUAUCCGAAAGGACGGCGGUUGGAUGGAUGUGUUGGAUUAUACGCCCAUAUAUUCCGCCGUCAUCAAGGUCGCCCGUGCCAUGGUCGUGUACCAGUCAUACCAGGAGAGGCAGGCCGAGGUGAUGCGUUUGAAGCAGGAUAAGAUGGACGAGUGGAUGGUGCGGCGGCGGCAGGAGGGAAAUCAGACGUGGGAAGAGCAGCAUGCCCGAAAGGAGGCGGAAGAUGAGGCGGAAGAGGAGGCAGAAGAGGAGGCCACCAGCAUAUUCCGCAUCGUGCGUGGGAAAGUGCAGCGGUUCAUGACGGUCACGCCCAAGGAUCCCCACGCCGAGGCAACGCCGAUGGAUUGGAUUUACGAAGCACGCACGUACGGGAUGCACAUCCGGUUCAACACGCCGGCCGGCGGGACCAUCGAUGGGUUGGGGACCGCAUCAAGCACCGGCGGGUGCAGUUCCGCAUGGGCGAGUUGA